UAGCAGUGACAACAACAAGUCUCUGACGUCUGCUACUGCUUCCUGUUGCCUGUUGGUCUCUAGCUCCUGGGAUCCACCUCACACACGGUCCUCUGUGAGGACACGUGCCACCAAUGGAAAUUAAUUCCGCUCCCAUGGACCUUGAUGUUUCUUCUGCUGGAAAUAAAAACCUAAAAUCACAUAAUGUUGUAAACGUGAGCAAGGAGGAGUACGACACGUGCAGGAUCACUAACCCGUCUCCUCGCGUCAUCGCCGUGUGUGACAAGCCUUACAAGCUCAUGUAUUUCACCAUUACCUUCCGAUCGUUCACUCCGCAGCCUGGGGGUCUGGAGUUUCGUCCCGGCCAGGACUACUACUUCAUCUCUACUUCGAGCAAGGACGACCUUCACCGUCGCAUCGGUGGCCGCUGCUCGACUCACCAUAUGAAAGUAGUGUUUAAAGUGUGUUGUGACCCAUCGUCGCAGCCAGCACACGACCAGGCUAACAACCACAUCCCUAGCAAUGGCCUGCCAGCCGCUAGAGGCACCACCACCACCACUACCACCUCCACCACCAAGUCUACCACCACCACUACUACCCCUAAGACCACCACCACUUCCACCACUACCACUUCCCUCAGCACUACUUCCCUAAAGACCACCUCUCACAAGAGUGCUGACCCCCACACCGUCAAGACCACUAAGAAAACAGACACGCGCCAGCCAGACCGUAGUGAAAAUGAAGUAGUUAAGAACGAGGAACUAACCUUGAGCUCCUCUCCCUGGUCAGCCAGUUUGUCCUUGGUGGCAGCGGUUGUCUCGUUGUUUCUUCCGCUCAUGACAACACGCCUCCUUGCUACACAUUCCUAAGAACUGCAAAAUAGUUUUAUCAAUAUUAUUUAGACAGUGGUAAUGCAAUGUAAACUAUGUCACUGGUGAAAAUAGAGAUUUGUGACUGGAAAACAAAUAUAUAGAAAAGUCAAGUAAUAUACUGUGAAUUUGUCAGAAAAAGUGACUAAAGUGUGGUCCUAGCACCAGCAAUUGCAUUAUUUUGGAUCAGCUGGAGAGCUUUGUUCACAUAAAUGUUGAAAGGUAGUGAAUGUAUUGCACAGUGGACUUGUCAAAGGUAUUUCAUUUUCACACAAUAGGGUAUAGCAACAUAUAUACAGGUGGUGUGCAUACAUGGAGAAAUACGUGAUGUAUUUCUCGAGUACCAUGACAUGUAGAUCUUAGUGUUUUGAGAGUCAAGAACACUACAUAUUGUCAAGGUUUUUCACCCUGAAUGAGUGACACGAGUCGUGAGUGAUAAUUUGUGGUUUAUCAGCCUCUGGGUCUCAUGGAGGCAUUUUGUCAAAUGUUUUUUUUUACAUGAAACGUGUGAUUACUGGGUAUGUUGGAUACACUGACGUAUUUGUAUGAAGGAAGCAGAUGUGGUGUGUUUAUAAGACUGAUCAAUAUGUGAACUUCUGGCCCAGGGGAGUCGGUGAUCAGCUUUCAUGGUAAUUUUAUCUUCAUCCAUCACUAUCAUUGCCUUUGUAUAUAGGUUCGUUAUUUAAUUAAUGUAUUUUGGUUAUGCCAGUGUAGGUCAGCUGUGAAUAUGUUUAUUGAAUUGCUUGGGUUGAUUCUUCAAAUCUUAUGAAUUGAUUAGAUGUCAAUUUGUUCUAAUCUUUAUCCAGUUGCUUGCUUGAAUGGUUAAGGUAAACCGUGUCAAAUGCAACUUAAUACAUCUGGUGUAAUUUUUUUUAUACAUUCGGUGAACAUUGAUAUAUUCCUGCCCCUCAAAAGAGGUGCCUUGAUCGAGGGAACUGGAAAUAUUCUCCAUUUUUCUGGACAAACCCAAUUGCCUCCCAUUCUCUAUGGGUUUAGCGCUUCCCUCUGAAUAAAUUAUAUUUUUGAUUGAUGGGGACGUAGUGGACCUGAAAAGAGCUUUCAGCACCUGGGGGAACAGGAGGUAAUAAGGUUUAAUGCAAGGAAGGGUAUGCAAUUCCUUGGACCAAGAGACCUAUUUGAAAUGUUUCAUGGCUUUCUCGAUCAUUUUUGACGUUUCUUGCAUUUCAGUGUAAAUAUUCUUGCUUAUUUUACUUGGUAUCACAUGGUGAUAGCUGUGGGACAGGAGGGAACAGCACCUGGGGAAAUUGAGAGGCAAUGAGGUUUGCUCCAAGGAAAGGGAGGCAGUAUAAUGGAAGAAACUACCAACAGUAUGUACAUAAAGAUAAAUUAUAGGUUAUGAUGUCUUGAGAAUUUCUCCACCAGGAAGUUAUAACAAUACAAUGAAAUGAUGCCAAUCCUGGUGGAUCAAGUGUCUUCAAUAAUAAAUUGCUAUAUGGUAGACAUGCCUAGUGAAUCAAGCACUGCAACCUCUCGGAAGAUAGGUUUGUAACCUCAGCUCCUCCCCGGAAUCAUGAACUACAUGUCCUCUUAUUUACAUGAGAGGAUUUGUUGAAUUACUUGGAUAUAAGCAUGAUCACUUCAUGAAAACAUGUAUUAUAUGAUAUAAUAAGCCCAGUUACAUUAUAUAUUGGCAUUAUUUGGUCUAAUGUAAUGAUGGUGUCCUGGUUAUAUUACUUUGUAUUAAUGUUGGUAAAAUUAUCGGCAGUAUGUUAGGUAAAAGGACACAAGUGCAACUAAUGUGACAUUUCAUUGUGGCAACGUUUUGUUCUCCAAGAGCUUUGUCAAGCUUGAUAAAGCUCCUGGAGAAUGAAACGUUACCACAAUAAAAUGUCACAUUAAUUGCACUUGUGUCCUUUUACCUAAUAUAUUACUUUGGGGGGAAGGGGAGAAGUAAACCCAUAGGGGCAGUAUAGGGAAUAAGAGGCAAUCAGGUUCAAAGGAAAAAUCCAAUUAUCUGGAUCAAGUCCCUCUUUGCCAAGGUAAAUGUAGCCACCGACUCUCCUGUUUCAAGAAAUAUAUAUAUUUUGUGGUAGCUCACGAUAAAACAUACUCUAAGGUUUAUACAAUCUGAGGCUCCUAGAAGCAUGUUGGUAUGAGUUGUGCGCAACAGUGUAGAAUAGUAUUGUACAGUAGUUUAGUGUGUUGCGGUGGUGCAGUCAGACUUAAAACUUUUUUUUUUUUUUGUGUUUACAAAAUUUCAGGGGUAAUUAAUUUAUAUAUUUAUCUAUACAACAUUUUGUUUUACUGCACCAUCCUAUGGAUAAAAAAAAAUCAUUUACCACUGUAUGUGAUAGCCUUUGGCCAUGGAUAUUUGUCCUUUAUGUUUAACAUCAGUUUUUUCUUGUCAAGUAUAAAGGUAAACAAUGCUUUGUAUAUAAUGACUGACAGUAUACUGUUAUCGGAGGAGAUGAAUUCAUGACAUGUGGGUCCAAACAGUGUAAGCUAUAAAGGAAAUGAUAUUUCCUUAAGAGGAGCACUUAAUGUCAUGUUGCUAGAAAUGCUGUUUGACAAUCUUGGGUAUGUGUGAUGUGCCGUGUUAAAACUGUAGAUAUGUACAUAUCUUUGAGAGUCUGUGGGGUUGAAAUGCAAACAUGUUCAAGGAUCUGGCAGAACUUUGUCUAGUGAGAUGUGGUAAAGAGACUGGAGGGGUAAGGUGACUGUUAUAAUUAUGGUUAAGCACUGAAGUUGUACUGGUAAUAGUGUGUGUGUGUGUGUGUGUGUGGGAAGAAGGCGGUUUGAUGCGAGGAAAAGAAUUGGGAACUCUCAAUAAUUAGGAGAGUUGAGAGGUAAUUAAGAGAUACCUUUUUUGUGUGUAAAACUCUGAAGGGAGUGGCUGUUAAUCCAGGGAACUGGCACUAGACUGAACCUGAUUGCCUCCCGUUCAAGUGGUAUAUGACCUGUACAUAGUGUACCAAGUCUGUCUGGGUUUACCAACGAGGAAGAAAGAGGAUUGUUAUAACUAUUAUAGCAAGUGCCUCAUCACAGGUGAAACCAAUAUGGCAAGUACCUCGUCAUGAGUAAAACCAUUACUAGAUCCUCAGUAUUGAGCUUAUGGGACUUACCCACGGAUAUAAAGUAGAAAGAAUGGUACCAUGUCAGUAUAUUAACUUAAAAUACAUUUCUUCCAAGAAUUGCAAUAACAUUUUGAUAUUGGUAGUCUAUGUAACAUUAAAUUGCAAAGUUUGAGAUAACUGAAACAUAUUUUUUGUAAAGUGAGUAUGUUUCAUUGUGAAUUAUUUAACAAAACCAAUAUUUUUAUUUUAAAUAAAUCAUAAUGUUUAUAAAUUUUUUUAAGGUUUUAUUUAAAAUUAACUAGUGAAUCACAAGCAAUUUGGAAAUAAAACAAACAUUUGUUCUUCCAAAUCUGAAUAUGCAAAUAUGCUGUAAUAUUGAGCACAGAUGUUUAGGGAUUCUGUAUUUAAAAAGGUUUUCUAACGGUGAAUACAGUCUUUGUUGUCCAGCCUCUCCUCGCUUAGCGACGUACUUGUUUAACGACUUGGACUUACAAUGGGCUCUCUGAUCAGUAUGCAUACCUAAAUAAUGUAUAUUAGAGCUGAUUUCCUCUAUUCUGUUUAUUGCAAUAUACAGUACACUGCUGUAUAAACAUUUAAUAAUAUACCAGAAAUGUUAUAAAUGGUGCAAAGGUGACAUUAAAAGAAUAUCAAUGAUUGUUGACACAAACCCACAUACCGUUAUAGUAUGCUCCUCACUUAGCAACGAAUUUGUUUACUGACGUGGUCUUAGGAAUGGAACUCCAUUGAUAAGUGAGAAGAGGCUGCAUUAACUCUGAUAUCUCAGGAAAAUGGUAUUCCUGGCACCUUGCUAAUCAGUGAAAUUGGUAAGCACUUAACCUAAAAGGAAUAUACAGCAUGUGGGGAAUUGGGAGGUCAUCAGGCUUAAAGGAAGGGUAGGAUAGCCCACUUCCAUGGAUCAAGAGCCCUCCCUUGCAGGGUGUACUUCUCAAAGUUUCAUUUCCUACAUGGGACCUCAACUGCUAAUUUAAUUAUAUACGGCUUUCUUGAAGAGGGGGCAUUAUAACCAGUAAAUAUUAAACUUAUGUUUUUGUAAUAUGAGAUUUAACUCAAACCCAGCAAUAUAAAAGAACACUGCCUCGUUUCCAGAUGUGACGGCAGCGCAACGCUUAAUGUUUGUUUCAACCACACAUUUGCCAUAUAACAAUAUUUUGGUGUUGUUCCAAGUGCCUUUUGUAAAUUCAAAUUGUUAGAAAAUUAUAGGGAACAUGUUAAAGGUUAUUAGGACUUUGAGGUUAACUGGGAUUGGAUAAAAGGCAGUAACGGUAAUAUACGAGAUAUUUUGUCAACUGUACAAUUAGAAAUUUUCUAGUACAUAAAAACCUUACGGUUUAAGCAAACAGUAUACUUAUAAUGGGAAUAAUGUAGCGUGCAUCUCUCAAUUCAGUUUUUUAGGCUAAACAUACAGUUUGAGGGAUGCGUCGACAAAAAUACUUCUCCCAUAAUGUUUGCCAUUUUGGUAGCAUAAUUUACACACAUUUGAUGUGAUAAGUCAUGUCCUUACACAAAGGGCUGCUACAUUACUCAACUAGUACAUGUACAGUACACUCACUGAUAGUGGGUACAUGUAUGUAACUGGUAAUUACUUUACCUAUAGCAGCAGUGGUUAUAUGUCAACAAUUUUCUCAGUGUUUUUUUUUUUUUUUCUUUUAAGGCUGUACUUAGAUAUCCAUGUUCCAAAAUGCCCUGAUAUGGGAUAAUUAUAUUCAUAGGCAAGUGCUAAACUUGUAAGAGUUACGCAGCACUGCCUUUAAUAUGGAAGUUUUGACAAUUGAUCAUGCAACUGUAUGACUCAAAAAUACUCGAACAUUUAUUCUACGUUUUGGACUUUUUUUUUAGUUUUAUAUAAUGCAAUAUUUUAUAUCACUGCCAGUUUUAACAAAAUUACUCAGUUUUUAUUAGUCAUAGAUCCUUCAGGUGUUUUUUACUCUGAAUAACUUAACAGAGUUCAGUUUUUAAAUAUCUGAUUUCUUUAUGUACAGUGGACUAAAAGUGAAUGAAAUAUGCACAUGUGGGUUAUCUGUACCCCACCACCCUCACUGACUCAGAUGUCCAUUAGGGUAUUAUACCAGUAGCAUUCCUAUUACCAUAUCACCAAGUCUAUAGCAAAUAAAUUUAGUAAUAUCAGCAGUGGACUAGUCUUACACACAUCAAAGAGUUGAAGCCUUUGACUAACUACUGUGGCAAUACUCAUUUCACCAUACUAUAGUUGGUGACUUCCACUCAACCUAAGUACGUACUUACACACCCUCCCUUCUCUCGUCAAAGUCCCAGGUCCUUAGUGUUCCGUAAUAUAUUCGCCCUCAAACUUAGAAUGUAAACACACUACUGGGUUAGAGUAACUUAGUGUUCAGAAAAAGGUGGUUGUUGCAAAUUUUAGGACGGAAUAUAUUUGUUGUCAUUACGACCCAUGAAUGUAUUUUGACAACUUUCUUUGAAUGCUCCAUUUAUUUUUAUUUUGUAAAUGAGUAAUCACAUAAUGAAUCCUAACCAAUGUAUAAAUGAGUAAUUUAGCAGUGAUGAGAUGUAUUGAUGUGUGGCUUCAAUGUAGCUCCGAGUUUUUUUUUUUUUUUCACAAGAACAUCAUUUUCCAAGUCGAUGAAAUAUUUGGUACUGACAGUUGUCGAUCCCGUUGCAAAAGUUCCGUACAGUAGAGUAGCCCCUAGUUUCAUACACUCACCCCUCAUAUGCCAUUACCUGGUCAUAAGAAGAAUAUUCCAGUAGAAAGAUGCCACAAAAACUUGUUCACAUGUUCACAACUAUCAGGGUAAUUACUGAGUGCAAAGAUAAAAUGAAUGGUGGUAAUUUCUCUGCAGGAAUAUUGCUGGCUUGCAAUUUAUUUCCACUCCACUGGUGUGAGAGUAUUUAUGUACGUACUACAUAGCUGCAAAUGACAACCCACACACUAUUUUAUUAAGAUUGUAACACACGAUAUCCUUACCCUGCCCCCCCACCCCAUACUCAUCACAUAACUCCAUCUUGUGUACCCAACAGUAGCAAGAGUAAUGAAGUCACUGUACUGUUUGAGACAGAAGUAUGGAGGAUCAAGGAAUGAUGUAUCUGUAAAUGUGUACUGUAUUUAUAAUUUAUCGUCCUCACUGAUUCCGUAUUUGCCAAAAGGAAAUAUUUUAUAAUUGACUUUUGUACAUAAUAAAGUUACUGUAAUCUGAAA